CAUAAUAAUCCACACAUAAAAACAAAAGAAUAAAUACAAUUCGUUUAUUUCCGCCUCUCUUCUGCUUCUCCUUCGACCUCAAAUCUCCCUCUCUCUCUAGACAUCAAGAAGAGCUCCUAAUCGCCAAUAACAAGCAAAGCUUUAGGUGCAGUUUUCGGGUGAAGCAGGAGUGGUGUGGAAAUGGCCGGGAUUGCGACAGAGGAGUCUUCUGUUGGAGGGACUUCGAAUGGGCAGCGAUGCCAAUAUGGGGAAGCAUUGGUGGAAUGGCGGUCUUCCGAGCAGGUGGAAAAUGGAACCCCGUCAACCUCUCCUCCUUACUGGGACACUGACGAUGAUGAUGACUGUGGACCAAAGCCUUCUGAGUUGUAUGGAAAGUACACAUGGAAAGUUGAUAAAUUUUCACAGAUUAACAAGAGAGAACUGCGUAGCAGUGCAUUUGAGGUCGGUGGCUACAAAUGGUACAUUUUGAUUUACCCUCAAGGUUGUGAUGUGUGCAAUCAUCUCUCUUUGUUUCUAUGUGUGGCUAAUCACGACAAGCUUCUCCCAGGGUGGAGUCAUUUUGCACAGUUCACGAUAGCGGUGGUGAAUAAAGAUCCAAAGAAAUCCAAGUAUUCUGAUACGUUGCACCGAUUCUGGAAGAAAGAGCAUGAUUGGGGGUGGAAAAAAUUUAUGGAGCUAUCUAAAGUGUUAGAUGGUUUUAUUGACGCUGAUACUCUCAUUAUAAAAGCUCAAGUCCAAGUUAUCAGGGAGAGAGCAGACCGUCCCUUUCGCUGCCUUGAUUGUCAGUAUAGGAGAGAGCUUGUUCGGGUAUAUUUGACAAAUGUAGAGCAAAUUUGUCGCCGUUUUGUGGAAGAGAGAAGAAGCAAGCUUGGGAAAUUGAUAGAAGAUAAAGCUAGAUGGUCAAGCUUUUGUGCUUUCUGGCGGGAGAUUGACCAAACUGCUCGGCGCCGUAUGUCCCGGGAGAGAACAGAUGUGAUUUUGAGAGUUGUCGUAAAGCAAUUCUUUAUAGAAAAGGAAGUCACAUCUACUUUGGUAAUGGAUUCCUUGUACAGUGGACUAAAGGCUCUUGAAGGUCUGACCAAGAGCAAGAAAGGUAGGGGAAAAUUACUGGAUGCAGAAGAAUUGCCAGGUCCUGUCGUUCGGAUAGAGAAAGAUAUGUUUGUUUUGUUGGAUGAUGUAUUACCAAUACUUGAAAGGGCUACCCUUGAACCCUUGCCUCCAAAGGAUGAUAAAGGUCCUCAGAACCGUAUGAAGGAUGGGGGUUCUGGAGAUGACUUCAACAAGGAUUCCAUUGAGCGUGAUGAAAGGCGUCUUACUGAACUAGGCCGAAGGACCAUCGAAAUUUUUGUCCUAUCCCAUAUAUUUAGCAGUAAAAUCGAAGUUGCUUACCAGGAGGCUGUUGCAUUGAAAAGGCAAGAGGAGCUCAUUCGUGAAGAAGAGGCAGCAUGGAUGGUUGAAACUGAGCACAAAGCAAAACGUGGAGUGGCUGAAAAAGAAAAGAAGUCAAAGAAAAAGCAGGGCAAACAAAAACGAAAUAAUCGCAAGGGGAAGGAUAAAGGAAGAGAUGACAAGCCUCUUGUCUUAGUCCACGACGAGCUCCAACAGGAAUGCCCUUCUGAUGAAAGAGAAGAAAUCGUGAUCGAAACAGAACCCGUUCUUGAAAAGUCUGAUUCACCGGAAGAUGUUUCUGAUGCAUCCGAUUCUGUAGAUUGUCCUCCUGAAAUAUCUCAGCCUGAUUCAGAUGAGAGAGAUGUUAGUCAUGUUAACUGGGGUUCUGACACAUCAGAAGUUCAUCCCCUUGCAGAAGCCAGUAGCAGUGGAUUAAGUGUCCCUUCAACUGUGCUAAAUGGAGCAAUAGAAAGAAAUAACCCUUCUGCAAUGGAUGAUAGUUCAUCGACAUGUUCCACAGACUCAGUUCCAUCAGUGUCCCAGAAUGGGCCUUACAAAGGGAAUUCAUUCUCAAAUCAAAAAUCCCCGAAGUCACCCAGCAGAGGAAGGAAUCAAAGAGGCAGGGCUACCGGCGACUCUACUGGUUGGGUGAGCAAAGCACACUGCCAGCCAUCAGAAGCUACGACAAGAGAGGAGGCACAGAUUAACGGUGCAUCUGGAAGUCGGAAGGCUGAACCUGAGUCUGGUACUUCUGUACUCUCCUUGCAAGAUCGAAUAAGGGAGCUUGAGAAGCAUGUGGUGAAGAAGGAAGAGGAAGUCGUGAAUCUGCAAAGAGAACUGAUCGUCAAAGGUCAAGCUGAUACAGAUCGACCGCCCAGACAGAAAUCAACAGGAUUGCCUUCCUCUCCUAUCAGCCCAUUCAAAAACCCACAAUCUGCUGUUCAGAUGAAGUCGGAAUCAAAGACUGCUGGUGGCACUGAUCCUGUUUUGGUUAAAAAGCCAUCUUCAGACAACCACAAACCUAUUAAUUUAGCUGAUGCGCAUAAAACUGGUCCUCAAAUACCAACAGAAAAGCCCCCUGUACAACAGGUGUCUGCCACAUCUAGGCCCUUUAGUGCUCCAAUUGUUCAAGGACCUAAACCAACUACCCCAGUUGUUUCCACGGUUCAAACCACCCCACUGUUAUCGCGUUCUGCGAGUGCAGCUGGGCGGCUGGGUCUUGAACCUUCAACUUCUUCAACCCGCAGUAGUUAUGUUGGUCCUCAGUCAUAUCGGAGCGCUAUAAUCGGUCCUACUAGUAGUACUGCUACUUCUAUUGCUACUGCAACUUCAUCUGGCUUCACUCAACCUCCUUCUCCAAGUUCCAGAGUAGCAAACACGUUACAGUCGUAUCCACAACCGCAGCUGUUUGUACCAAAGAGCUCAGAAUGGAUGGAACCAAACUUAUUAAAACCUACCCUUUCGUUUGGAAUGGUGAAUCGUGAAGUUUUGCAUAAUGGUCCCCAGUGGGGGGAGUGCUCUCAAAGGGACACUCGUAACCUUGAUUUCUACAACCCUGUGAACAGCAGAUCUCGAGAUCGCUUUGCUUCAGAUUUUCCACCCUCUACGUCAGGGCGUCAGAACCACAUUGCGAUGACCGAUGAGUUCCCUCACCUUGACAUUAUCAAUGACCUCCUUGACGAUGAAAACGGAAUUCCCAAGGCAACUAGGGCAAACACAAGCUUUCACCAAAGUUUCAGCAAUCCUCAACAUUUGACCCGUCAGUUCUCUUUCCCUAUGGAUGUUGGGAUGUCUAACGACACGGGUCCCACAACGAGCUCUAGCAGUUUUGAAAGGACGCGGAGUUAUCGUGAAGAUAGGUUCCAACGUGGCUAUGGCUCGUUUGGCGGCCACUUUGACCCGCUUGGAGAAUCAUUUUCCCAAGCGAAUCCACGGCCUUUUGUUAAUGGGCAAAUUGAUGGGUUGAUACAACCGAAUCAGUGGCAAAUGGGUGGUCCUGAUCUGUCAUAUCUUAGCAUGAGCAAUGCGGACGGUUAUGGGCCUGGUGGGUACCCCUAUUAUGUUCCAGAUUAUUCGAAUCUGUCUCACGGAGAUAACGGUUAUCCCGUAUUCCGGCCUUCGAAUGGGCAUUGAGAACGAAUGUAAUAAGGGUAGUAUUUGAGUGAAUUAUUUCUCUUUAGAUUUGGAGUGAGGUUGUUACCCUUAAUUUGGUUUCGGAAAAGAAUUUGGUAUAGAGUGAUUCUUGCUUGCUUAAA